UAAAAUUUUAGUUUGAGCAUCGGCUGAAAUCGGUAUCUGUCGGGGUUUAUUUUAAAACUCGACUCUUUCAGUUUAACUUCGAAAACGGUCAGCAAACUACCGGUGAAGUGACUUCGAUAGAUUCUUUUUUUAUGUUUACAAGUUGUUCCCAGGAAUAAUCCCGGAAAGAUGUCCGGCGAUGUUCAACCCAGAAAAAGGAAAGAUAAGAAACGCAAAAGAGAAGAAGAAUCGGUACCCCUUUCUUUCUACCCUAAAGAAACAACGGAAGAUGUGAAUAUUCAUGUUCACAAAGAAGAAGGUACAGGAGGAGGAAUAUGCGCCAAAAUAGUAUUCUUCAUCCUGUUUUCCGCACUUAUAAUAUUGAUUGGACUCAUCAUAACAGAACACCGAGGGCUUACUGACUUGGACGUUGCAGAAAGUGAAUCGCGCUAUUCUCAAAUUUUCGAAGGUUGGGUUGAUAAUGAUAAACAUGACGAUCAUACGUUGGACGACCAUGAUAAUGAACAUUUCGAUGACGAGGAAGAUAACAAUGGGGACGGUCAUACGUUAGAUGACCACGACGAUGAGCAUAUAGACGACGAACCUAGUGAAGAACGUGAACACACUUUAGACGAUCAUGACAAUGAGCAUUUCGACGACGAUAAAAGCAACCAACUGAGCGAAGAGAACGAAGAAGACGGAGAUGAAGAUCCAGAAGAAUAUUCAGCGCCAGUGAAACCAGGAAAAUACAGAUAUCGAAGAAAAAUUUCCGAAGAAGAGGAAGAUGAAAAUGUAACGGAAUCACAGCAAGACGAUGAAACUGAAGAGGAAGUUUUGGCUGAAUCUGAAACAAAAGAGGACGAUGAAGACGAUUCCGAAAAUAGAGAAGAAGACGAAGAUGAAGAUAACGAUGCAGACUCGCAGCAAGACCUGGAAGAUUAUGAAGAGACAAAAGAAGAAAGUGUGGCAGAUUCCCGUGAUGAAGAUGACACUGAUGAAAUGCCCGAUGAGGAAGAUCGGAUUAUAAGCGAGGAAGAGGACAAUGGGAUCGCAGAUAACGCCAGUUCAGAGUAUCAUUCUGAUGGGGAUGAACGUGAAGAUUCAAAAAAUGUCGAUGAAAAAGAAACAAUGGAAGAUAAGGACGAAAAUGAUGAAGCCAUCGAUCAAGAUGAUUCAGUAAAAGAAUCAGGGCCGCAGGAAAGUCGAGAAGAUGAAAGAGAAAAUCAGGAUCAAGCACAUGAAGUUAUUCAAGAAGAAUCCACCGGGAAUUUACCAGAUAAUUCAGGAGUUGGUGAUAACCCCGCGACGUUAAGUAUGAUUAUUAAAGCGAUAAUUGGAGCAGCUAUUUUGGCAGUUGGCCAUUUUGUUAUGGUAAAAAAAUGGAAGUCCGAUUCGUCUGAUGAAGAAACCAAGGCAAACCUUGAUAAAGAAGAUGUGCGUAUUGAUUUGUCAAAAAGGAAUACCAUUAUACCACCUCCUACGCUACAAGAAAUUGAGCAAGAAAUGGAACACGCAAAUAAAGAAUACUCAUAUGAGGGGGAAGAACCUAUAAGAAGUGAAGAAUAUAUAAAACUACCAGAUAUUGUAAAGGAAAAAUACAAACAUUUACGCUCGAGUUACUCUAGAUCAACAUCACCAGAAAGUGAUAACGGUGGGGAAAUUGACAGGGGUGACGACGAAAUAGAGAUAGAAAAUAUUGAAGAUUUAGAGGAGGAAGAAGUAGAGGAGGAAGAGGAAGUAAAUGACGAAAGUCUAGAAGAAGAAAUCGAUGAAGAAACUCAGGAGGAAGAAAUUGAGGAUGAGGAAGAAUUUGAAGACGAAGAAUACGAGGAAGAGGAUGACGAUGACGAGUUAAUGAAGAAACUGGAAGCUAAAUAUGGAAAACUGAAAUUAGAACUGAAAGCUAGAACAGGUUCUCCAGAUCAGGAAGAUUCAGGUUCAGACAAACUUUCCGAAGAUAAUAAUGAUUAUGAGUAUUCCAGUAUAACGAAUGAAAAUGAUUGGCAUAUACACAAGGAUCUUGAUGAAGCGCAAAGGAAUUUACCGAAUAAUGCUGCUAAAGCCCUAAGAAUGUUUGAAAAUAUCCUUGAGAAGUAUCCUUCCUCCCCCAGAGGUUUAUACGGAUUAGCUAGCGCCCUGGACGCCUUAGCUGAAGCUGAAAAAAGCAACAAACUACUUGAAGAAGCAGUUGCAAAUUACCUCAAAAUCUUUGAUCUCAGAGAUGCUCCAGACGAAUUAUUCAAAAUGGCAAUGGAACGAUGUAUAGAUAGAGUCAGAUUUAGAGGAAGGUACGGAAAAGCCGUCACUAUUCAUCUCAAAUUAAUCGAAAGAUUUCCCGAUGAACCUAAGUAUAGAAACCAACUAGUUGUUACUUAUUUGACGAUGGGAAGGGUCCAACAAGCUCGCGUAGUUCUUGAGGAAACUUUGCAAAAAUGGCCUGAUGAUGGCUGUGCUCUUGUUCACUAUGGUUUCAUAUGGAAAACAACAGACAAUGAUCUUAUGAACGGUGUACAUUAUAUGCAGAAAGGAAUUGAUACCAAAGAUCCCUGUGCUAUCGAUGGAAGAUUUUUUUUCCAUUUAGGAGAUGCGUUAUUCAGAUUAGGGUAUAAAGACAAGGCCCUCAAGUUAUAUGAAGAUGGGGUAGAGCACAAACUUUUUCUAUCCAAAUACCAAAGAUCACUGUACAACGUGCCUCGUCUAACUGCUAGACCUUGGUGGGGAGAAGACCAGUUAACACCUUACAAAUUAUUAUUCACAGAGCUUCAGAAAAACUGGAAAAUAAUAAGGAACGAGGGAUUGUCCGUUCUUAAUGAAAAGGGAUAUUUUCAAGACGAAUCAGAAAAUCUCAGAAAUACAGGAGAGUGGAAACAGUUUGAGUUGUUUGCUAGGGGCAGAAAACAUACCAAAAACUGUUAUAAAACCCCAGUUACUUGUAGAAUUAUAGAACGCCAUCCUGAUGCCAGUGGUUGCAGAAGGGGUCAGACAAAAUUCAGUGUAAUGCACCCUGGGACACACGUUUGGGCUCACUGUGGUCCAACGAAUUGUAGAUUAAGAGUUCACUUGGGCCUAAAGGUACCUCCUCAUACCUUUCUCAGGGUGGGCGAAGAAAUAAGGGGCUGGGAAGAUGGAAAGUUAUUGAUUUUUGAUGAUAGUUUCGAACAUGAAGUCUGGCAUAAUGGUACAGAUAAACGACUUGUUUUGAUUGUUGAUGUCUGGCAUCCAGAGUUAUCAAUGACAGAGAGGGAAACACUUUCUUCACUUUAAUUUAUAUUUAUUGAAUAAUAAAUGAGUUAGUUUUU